AUGUGGCAGCUAUUAAUUCAGCUUUACAUUUUUAAUGGAGUGAUUAGUGGAAUACUUCCAGAUUCAGAAGACAUAUCAAAGUGUGUGAUUAGAAAUGCACAUCAAAGUACUGGUCAAAAUACUCAAUCAGGUUUUUCAAACACAAAUAGCUACUACCAUCCUGGCACCAACCUCAAUUCUCUACCAAAUCCUGAUCUCUUGAUUCCAAUAAGCUUUGUCCCAGUCUUUACAAAUGAAGAGCAUGCAAGAAUCUGGGCACGUAGCGGAAAUAUCAUUAUCCACCACAAACCAGACCUCUCAUUAUAUGAUAUACGACCAGUUACAGAUCACAUCAGAUACUCUGAUAGUGACACCUCAAGUAAGGACAUGGCUAUGGUUCCUAAUAUCAGACCUGAAGUGGAUAGCAAAAAUAUGAGCCCAAUAGAGAUGACUUCAACACAUGUUGUAGACCAUCAUACUAUCAAAGCAGAGGCAAUAUCCAAAGAUCUAAGGGAUCAUGGAGAGAAUGGCUUGAUUGCAACCCCUGAGUCCUUCUCUAAUAAUGUGGCCCAUUUAGAUAGGCCAAACUUGAUUGUACCACACAUUCGCAAAGGCCAUUUUGAAAGCUUGAAAGAUAGUAGGCCAGAAGAGGUUGACCCGGUCUCAACUCAUGAACAUACAUAUUCAAACAAGCCAAGGAUGGAGCAACAAAGUAAAACAUCUCCUGCUGUAGAAAUGGAUAUGACCCAUGAAGAGAAGGGAGGGCCAUCUCUUAUUCAUUCUGGAGACAAGCAUUUGAAGGCUCCAAUAUCCUAUUCCAGUAUAAUUAAGUCUGGUCAUAAUGAUCAGAAAGAAGAGGUAUCUUUAAAAGACAAUUGGGAAUCACAUGAUGUGAAGAAUUACAACAAUGAACCUUCAAUCCCUGCAAGACCCCUAACAUCACUGGAUGCCCUUGGCCCACAAACAAAACCAUCAACAGUGCAUGCCAAAACUUCAGACGUGAUACCAUCUGCUAAGCCAGAUAUUGGUACUGUUGACAAAAACUUGUAUGCUGAAGUCAUACACCACAAAGGAAAACUUAGGAAAGCUAUUCCAAAAGUAGAAUACCUGGUUUCAAAGGGCAAACAUGUUGAAUACAACAAUGAUGAAAACUUGAAUGGAGUUUCAUCAAGUAAAAUUGAUGAAGAGUGGAGAUUGGUCUCCAAGAAAAACAGGAAGAAAGGAAAGCAAGUUAAGAAUAAUGAAUCCAUUUCACCAGAAAUACCCAAUGUGCAACCUGGGCAUGUCUCAAGUUACCAGGAUGACAAUAGAGUUCUGAAAAAUGAAGGAGGAGAAGGUGCAUUUUCUCUUGAGCUGAAGACAGGCACAAAAAUCCCAGAGGAGAACAAAAAUAUUGAGACCUUUCCUUCCCAGAUCAAUGACUUCAAUUUGAGUGCCUCCUCUUCUCAACUUGAACAAACAGAAACCCCAUUAAGCAAAUCAUCUAAGAUCACUCAGGUUACAAGACACAAAAAGAAAAAGAAAAAGAAUAACUCCAAGCAAAAUGUUACACUGAUUGUAAAGGAUGAAAGCAAAAUUGAUGAAUCAAACCCAUCCACAUGCCAGCUUCAUGAACCCUUUUGGCCGCAGAUUGAAAUAGAUCUUUCUGAGAAGAAAAAGAUAGCUUUUUGGAAUUUGAUUGAAAAAGCUUUCCAAAAGCACAACAAGAACAAAUUCAUAAUGACACUCAUAGAUCAUGAACUGUAUGCUCAAGAAAUUCACCCUGUUAAUAAUAUGCAAUUGAAUACCAUUCUUAAUGAUAUGCAAGUAAAGCUUGAAGAAAAAUUAGAGUGUUCAGAAUUCAGGGAAACUUACAGGAGAAUGAAGUCUAUUGGAAACCAGUUGAUGCAAGAAAUAUCAAUAUUAGAGUGGGACAAGAAAAAGGGAUUAGUCAGCAAAGAGGUAGCAACAGUAGCUCAACUUUUAAAAGUGAAUGAAAGAUGGCCAAUGUUUUUUGAAUACAAGUCAAAUCAAUGGGAUAGCCUUCAAGGAAGGAUGGCAAAACUCACUGAAGUCCAGCAGAAUGAGCUGGAUUCACUGAUGGAUACUAUUGAACAAGGUAAAAGGUGUGCAACAAUUUACACCAUGCAAAAUCCUGAAAUGAAAAGGUACAAAAAGUGGCUUGCAGAACAGGAUCCAAAGAGGCUUUCCCAACUUGGAGUUUCAAUUCCCAUUCUCCUCAAUCUACUUUAUACCUUGGAUUUCUUAUCUCCAGAGAUUGAGUGGGACAAAUUAAACAGCAAGAUUCUCCACAAGAAAUCUGAAGAUUUUCUUGAGCUUCUUAUUGGUAAACUCACAGCAAGCCCUAAUGUCUACACUCUUGAGUCAGAAAACUCAUCUUGGAAUAUGACACCUACAAGAAUGUAUAUUGGUGAAGAUAAAGAACUUGAGAUAUUCAUACAAAAACGGCUGAGAAUAUUGACAAAAUUCAAUAGAUUCAAAAUCCAACCAUAUAUAAAAUGGUAUCCAACACAUGAUACUUCACUUGGAUCUAUACAGCAACAAAAUCUUAGCUUCUCAGAAAUCAUGGUGGGCACUUACUUUGGAGUUGCAGGUUCAGAGUUAGCAUAUUUGAAGUCCCUGAUGGAUGAGAAAAGUAAAAGAUGUAUUGAAAGAGGUUCAGGAGAAAUUGAAUGGCCUAAAGCUGCUUUUUCAACAUGGAUUGUGACUGGGCAUUAUUUGGAAAAGUACUACAAGUUCUUGGGGUUAACAGUUCAUCCGCCAGAGUACGCCAGUGAUCCUGACCAAAUUGACAAAAACAUUUGA